CUUUUAAUGACCUGCUCGUUUGUUUUUAGCCCUGUUUAGUAAUGUGGAGUAAUUGCUUUGCUUUUCGCAUCUGCCAAUAUACCUAGGUUGAUAUAUAACGUUUGAAUUUGUCCUGUUUCUGACGCUGUAGAAAUGUCUCCACCUUCAGUAACAUGUGAUGCACACAUUUAUGUUGUUUUCUUUUGGUAGAAUCAGGGGUCUCUCAAAUGGUGAUGCAUAGUUACUUGCACUCUUAUUUUAACACACUCCAUAGAACGUUCGUGAUCAUGUUGAUUGUGGAAUUGAUCACAAACUCCACUAGUCAAAUGAUCUCUGCAUAAUUGUCCUGUCAACCAAUUUUCCACACUAUUUUGACGCAUUGCCCAUCCAAAAUUAGGACAUGCGUAUGCUCUAGUGUAGUCUUUGCAUCAGGAAUUAGUCAGGAAUCACCAGAUAGAACCAUCAGCCUGUGUCCGUAAAUGGAGUGAUUAGGAAGUUUAGCACAGACAGUGAAGUGGGCUUCAAGGUCUGACCUACUGUUUCUGUUAAUUGCCUUAAAGUAGACGUGCAACACCAUUUUCUCUGGUCGCAUCUGUUAGUCUUUUGAAAGAAAUGCUCACAAGUUACCCUGUUAUGCUGUUCUUGCAAGCAGUUUUAUCAGUGUGCCAGUUGUGCAAAUAGCAAUAUCUGAACCUUCUGGUUGAUGGCUUUGAUUUACUGAUAUUAUGUUCGUUUUUUCUUCCAAUAUGAGUUGCUGUGGUCCUUUUGUACCAUGUCUUUUUGUUUGUGCGGUUGUUGUUGGCAGCCUUGUGUUGGUUUCUCUUCUCAUGGGCAUGCCCUGGAUGAUCAGUAUAACUCAUGUGUAUUCUGAAGAGAAGUAUCAGGGCUUCUCUAAAGUUCACGUUGGAGCAGCAAGCUUCAUAAAUAAGCUUCUCAUCAACUACUGACCCCAAUGUUAAUUGUAUUUUGAUGCUUCUCUGCGCCAAAUGGUAAGCAUUCUGUGGAGCGUCUAAUUUUGUUGUAAAUAACAGCGUACAUACAAAGCUUGUUGUCCUAUGCUGUACGGUGCAGUGCUGGACGUAAUCAUGUUCUUACUUGUGUCGAAUGUUGGCACUGUCAAGUGCGGUGCAUAUUCAUUUGUUUACACGAGAUAUUAGUACCUGACCGGCACUGAGAGAAAUGUUUUGAAUCUUGUAACUGUACACCGACUCUUUGAUUUAUUUCUGAUGGAAACGAUUGGUAAAUUGUGUGCCGAUCAUGGGCUGUGUUUAUUCUGUUCAACUGCCGGCUUGUUGUUAUAGUACUAUGAUUGCAAAUGCAGGUGCUUGCAGUUGCUUUACUAUGUAAAACCUUGUCCCUUUUGUGUAAGAAGAUUUCUGUAUUACUUGUUCAACGUUUCCAUGUUGUCUAUGAAUGUUUCCUGUUGGGUACGAUAAUCUCAGUGCGGACAAUGCGUUUGCAAGAAUCAUUUGACGCCUUUAAACUGAGCUUAGUCCAGGCUCUUACAAAGCACCUACUGGAUAUUGGAUUCCGUGAGCUCUAAGUAAAUUGAUCCACCCUUUAAAUUCCUCAAAUGUCGUGCAAAUGAACUCCUGCCGUUCCUACAUCACGUUGGCGAGGCUUGGCCCUGAAGUACUUUCCACACGGUGUAAAUCGCAUGAACUUUGGUAUUACCUCCAUCCUGGUUUUAUUUUAUCAAGGAUAUGUGAUUAUGCGAUCGAAAUCAUAACCGUAAGCAAGUGUGUUUGAAGGCGAAUGAGUACAUGUUAUGGACUUAAUGGCCUGCACUAGAGUAACGUCUGGUUAACAGGUAGUAUAACCCAGGGUUUAGAUGAUAAAAUUGGACUAAUUUAAGCACUCCAUCCAAACCAUAAUGAUAAAUGUCGUUAAUUUAUUAUUCCUUCCGUCCAACAAAAGAUGUCUCAACUUUGACUAAAUUUGAAUGCAUAUAUAUACUAAGUUAUGUCUAAAUACAUUCAAGUUUUGACAAACUUGAGACAUCUUUUGUUGGACGGAGGGAGUACAGGUUUGUAUAACAUUUUUUUUCGGAACGGAUAUAGUACUACUCCCUCCGAUCCAUCGGAAACGUCGCUAGUUUAUUACAACUUAUUUUGAAUCGGAGUGGGUGAGUAGUAUAUGUCCCAAACAUAAAAUGUCUUACAUGUAUUAAAAUAAGCAUGCUUUGAAAAUAUAUACCGCGUUGGAUAUAAUAAAACCUUUUUAGAAACUAGUUUUAUUAUUUUUGUACAGUAGAUGUUCGUAGAUCCUUUCAUGAACUUACCAUGUUUAGAAAGUCUGAUGUAAACACCUUCGGAUUUUUUUUUUGCGGGUAUCUACAAACAUGGACCUCUAUAUUUCCGAAAAGAGCACUAGCAAAAAAAAAGAGCUCGUAGGAAGUCACUGUCAGUGUAGGCCCGACGCUUCGGUUUUGCAGGAGAAAGAAAGGAAACAAGUCGCCGCUUGUCCCCAUCAAGAGCGGCAAAACGAGGGGGUUCCUAUCCUAGCCGUCCAUCCCGAUCUGGACGGGCUUAAAGCGGCCCACCUAUCCCAAUCCAUCUCAACUCCCCAACAACGACCCCCCUCCGCCUCCGGUCUCCUCCUUCGCCGGCGCACCUCGCCGCCAUGUCCACCGCCACCGCCGCAGCCGCAUCGACCUCCCUCUCCUCCGCCGCACGCCGCCGAUCUUCGCCGGCGUGCAGAAUCCCGGCGCCCCGCCGCGGAUCCCUCCUCCGCAGACCCUUAGCCUCCUCUUCGCGGCCUCUCCUCCGCCCGGUCUCCGCCAUGGCCUCCCCCGGCGUGGAUGGCGAGGCGGUGGCGUCCAGAAAGAAGCUUCUGAUAUUCGACGCCGAGGAGGCCCUCGCGGCGUCGCUGGCGGAGUACACGGCGGGUUUGUCGGAGAAGGCGACGGCCGCCGAGAGGGGCGCCUUCACCGUCGUGCUCUCCGGCGGCUCCCUCAUCAAGGCUCUCAGGAAGCUUGCGGAGCCGCCGUACCUGGAGGCGGUGGACUGGAGUAGGUGGCACGUGUUCUGGGCCGACGAGAGGGUGGUGCCCAAGGACCACACCGACAGCAACUACAAGCUCGCCAUGGAUGGGUUGCUCUCUAAGGUGCCGAUUCCUGCUAACCAAGUUUACGCCAUGAAUGAUACACUGUCAGUUGAGGGUGCUGCAGAUGACUAUGAAACUUGUUUAAAGCAACUUAUUAAGGAUGGUGUGAUUGCAGUGUCACCAGUUACUGGGUUCCCAAAGUUUGACCUUAUCCUUUUGGGGAUGGGUCCUGAUGGCCAUAUUGCCUCCCUCUUCCCUGGUCACCCUAUUGUCCAUGAGAACCAGAAGUUAGUCACCUAUGUCAAGGAUUCUCCGAAGCCACCACCAGAGAGAAUAACAUUUACAUUCCCGGUGAUCAAUUCGUCCGCACAUAUCGGACUGGUGGUCACUGGUGCUGGGAAAGCUGGUGCAGUUCACAAAGCUCUUUCAGGCGAUCAGAAGUCAUUGGAUUUACUGCCUGUCGAGAUGAUCGAGCCGCAAGAUGGAGAGGUCACUUGGUUCACCGACAAGCCAGCGGUGUCGAUGCUGUCAAAGAUUUGAAGCCCCAUGAUUGUGUUAUAUACUCUGAAAUUCCAUUAGCUAUUCGUACUUGCAUUAUUCCUAUGUGGAUAAUUUGAGCUCUUUUAUUUUUGGCGUGGAUAGAGUGCAGCGUGGGUGUCCCUCACACUCCGGUUUCGGACAAUGAGUUGAGUAAUUGCCAUUUUAUGGAAUACUCAUUCUGCCGAUAUUUAGAUCGUUUGCCUGUAAAUGGUAUUCAGUAUUUUGACUGCUGCCAUUGGAAUAUUGGUACCUUUCUUCAACAUAACCGCUGUAUGUCCCUCAGUGUCUUGCAAA